AUGUUCAUUCUAACGACAAUCUCUAUUGGUCUGAGCUGUGUGCUUGCUCUGCUUAGCCUGGCGCUGCUGCUGCUCAGCCGCAAGUCGGCGCUGAUCUUUGGCAAAUAUCCGUGCAAGGGUAUCUUCUACAAGCUGAAAUAUGUGAUUGCACUGGGUGUGCUGCGCCAGCUGCGCUACCGCAUCUACAAGCGUAACGAGGAUUUGCUCAGCUCAGCAACUCAUCUGGCCACGUUGGAUCGGCCCCAGCCGUUGACCAAUGAUCCGAAAAGUUAUGAUGUGAUUAGCUUAAUGGCCGCGAAUGCUGCUGGCCAGAAGCUGAUGGUCACGCUGGAGCGUCGUAGGAGGGGUGUGCUGAAAGCAGCUCUAUAUCUAUAUCUUCCCGCUAGCGGCUUGUACAGUCUGCCCAAACUGCCGGACAUGGUGCACUUCACCAACGAUGGCAGCGAUGAGAGCACCGAAUUUCGUGGUGCCGGCUUUCAUCUCUAUCCAUUGGCCUCCAUGCGCCACUGGCAACUCAAAUUUGAUGGGCAGCUACGUAAGGAGUCCACGGCAGCAGAGCCCGAACUGCUGGCUGUGCAGCUGGAUCUGAGAUUCAUCAGCACCCAGGAUCAUUUCAAUUACAAUCGGGAUCUGAGCUCCACGCUCAUUGCCGACUCGAUAGCUCGCGAGGCAUGGAACGAAGGAUUCUAUAGCAUGAUCAAGUGCGUUGGCCACAUUGUCGAGAAGCGUACGCAUUACGAGCAACAUGGCCAGCUGGAUGGCAGCAUUGUACUGGACGGACGACAUCUGCCGUGAAAUUGCGCGGCUUUCGGGAUCACAGUUUGGCACCGAGCGCUGCUGAGCACCAUUAAUCGCUAUGUGUAUUUUGCAUUGCUGCUGGACGAUGGCAGCAGCAUGGCUGUCGGCAAUCUUAGCCAGCCCUCGUUCUUUCUAUCCUCGCUCAAGGUGGGCUACGUUUGCACACCCGACGGCGUCUAUCAGCCGAUUACGGCCAGCAAUUUCGAGUUGUACUCGUACGGGGAGAAGGGUACACCGCCACAGCAUCAGAACUUCAUAGUGGACACCGCGCAGCAAACGUAUCUGGUGCAAAUACGCGUUGAGCACAGUGCCGUGCGGUAUGUGGGCGGCGAUUGGGAGUCGAAGGUCUACAAUCAGUUUGUGGCCUGUACCGUUAAUGGCAUCAGUGGCCAGGGACAUGCCGAAUAUCUCUAUAGGCACAAUAAUGGUCGGCCCCAGGUAAUUGCCGACCAGGAUCCGCAGUGGUAUCAGCGCAUUAAGCGCUACGAGCGUAGUCUAAGCAACAUGGAGAAUAUCAGCGAUGAAGAUUUUAUAUUCUAAGUCAUACUUUACUAUGUACAUACAUGUAUGUAUAUAGUACAUACUAACUUUAUCAUUUGAUUACCCAUGUGAUAAAUAUUUUUUUGUUUAUUUUAUAAUAGUAAAUUAAAUAAAAGCAGAUAGCGAAUUAUAUAUAAAAAAAAUAUAGAAGCUAUUUACAACACGAGCCCACAGAGCAAUAAAUAGAACAUUCGAUUUAUUCUCUUGGCCCAGAUCCCAUUAUCGAGAAAAAUAUUGUUACUUCAGUGGCAGUAAGGAGCAUUUCCGACUAUAGUUUAUAAAUUCUUCAGCAAUAUCAAAAACCGAUUCCAUUAAGCUUCAUUUUAAGUCUUUUGGUUCCCAUACGAUAAAACAUCGCACAGUACAUUCAGCGUAACUAAAAAUUUUCCUAAAAGAACUUAUAAUUUUCAAUGGUCUCCCGACAUAUUCAUGCGGUUAUUGGAAUAUUGUCGCGACAUUUUCAUGCCGAUUCAAGUGUUUUCUAGAGAGAUACGUCUUUUUUCAAUAACGCAAAAAAUAAAUUAAAAAAAUAAAUAAAUAAACGUAAAUAAAUAAAUAAAGUAGAUAAUAUAUGUUUGUAGAAUAAAUGCCAAUUUCCUAAAUCAACUAUGCGAAAAGUGUAGUUUAUAAGUGACGAAACAGAGUGGCAUACAAUUUUGACUUAAUUAUUGUCCAUUCAAAUACAGUUUGACGUCUGGUUAAACAUUUGAGUCAAAACCUAUAAGUGGUGAUAAUUGUGACCAACUGUAACAAUUUCAUUAAGAUGAGUUAAGAAAAAACGAAGGAAUUUACGAUAUAUUUGUAUUUACCAAAUCAUACAGCAGGAAAGCAAGCAUUUUCUAUUUAAUUAUUGUUAUCUUGCAUAUAAAUUGUAGAAUUGAUAUAGUUUUAUUUGUGGACCAUUCAAAAAGUUAUCUAAAUAUUUAUAAAUAAAAUAUGUCGCCCUCCACUUGAGUGGCCACGGGGUGUCUGGGGGGCAUGCCAGGCAAUACGGGAUAAGAUUAGAAAAUCAUAUUGGAUUUGCUAUCAAUAAAUAAAAAAAAAACCAA